AUGCAUGCAUGGUAUAGGUAUUUUGUGAUAGCAGAAGCAAUUGCAAGUGGGUACAGUCUUAUUGUUCUAUUUGUUUCUUCCAAGAGCUCUUUGCUUUGGUGCUUGGUUGUGAUCCUAGACGUGGUUAUAACGAUGCUACUGACCUCGAGCUUCUCGGCGGCGUUGGCAAUAGCUCAUGUGGGCAAGAAAGGGAACAGCCAUGCCGGUUGGCUGCCUAUUUGUGGACAAGUUCCUAAGUUCUGCUACCAUGCCAUCGGAGCUCUAAUCGCAGGUUGUAUUGCUGUAAUAAUAUAUUUGGUUCUUCUAAUCUACACCUUCACAGCAUGUAGUGUUCUUGGUCCUCCCUUCAAACCGUAGACAGUACUACUUGAUGAUCUCUAAUAUAUAUAUAGAGAGAGAUUUUUAACUUGUUUUUUC